AAUUAUUUUUGGCCCGGUUUUUUUGCGGAUAAAAAUAUGAGCCAGGGGGUGCCCCUACCUCAAAAAAAGGGGGUAUUAUUGAAAAUAUGUAUUGGGGUGUUAUGCUCUACCCUAAACAAUAAGGUAAUAUGGUGUCAUGAUUUGGAAUUCUACAUGUAUCAUUAAUUUUGAUUUUUAGGGUGUGGGUAAUAUGUCCUACCCUACAUCAUAAUAUUGCAUUCCGAUGUCUAAAAUAUUACUAUUUCAAAUGUCAAUGUUAUCUCACUUUUUCCAAUUUUAUAUUAAUCAGAACUCAUAGUUUUGCAGUAUUUUGACUUGUAAUUUCAAUUUUUCGGAUCAUUUUCUAGCUUUCCUCUCGUAUAAUUCUUUUCGACAUACAACAAUUCUUUCUCGAACUUUUAGCUGCUGGAAUACCGGAUUCAUCUUGACCUCAGAUGCACAGAUCAUGCAUCCAUGCAUUGACGUCACAGUACAUCAUUGCAGCACUGAUUUCACUGUGAAGUGUGGAACAUGGGUCAAUGCGCGAUAAAAGGAUGAACGUGAUUUCAGCGGGAAGUGCGCUAAUUGGUCACAUGUUUUCAGCGGGAAGUGCGGUAAGUGGUUAAUUGUUUCCAGCGGGAGAUGAGUGGAUUGGUUAAUUGAAAAACAACCAGUUAUUCCGAAUUCAACUAUUACGAAAACCCUAUAAAAAUAGAUCCUCGGUACCUUGUCAAGCCAUUGUGUGGUUGUCCGCCACCACCCCUGCUCAGGAUGGAACCCCUUCGGAAGAAACCUCGUCAGUCUUUUGAUGUAGUGAGAUCAUCUGAUCUGUUGCAAUUCUUUAGUUAUUGUCCUGAUCAAGAGUUUGCAGAUGUACUAAAGUUUUUCUCUCAUGUUCUACCGUCGCUGGAGCUGCUUCUUGAAGAGAAUAUUGAGCAAUGGGGUCAGUACAAGUGUUCUUUGGUAGUUCAGGUGGUGAUGCAGAAGCUGAAUCCUGCUACAGGACAAAUGGUUUCCAACACAUUCUUCUUCCGAUCGAGUACAACGCUGGUGCUCAACACCAUGGAGCUGAGGGAUCUUCUCAGUAGGAUGAUUGCUCAGAUCAACGCUCGUCUUGAUGAUUUCGUUCGUCAUGGAUCAGGUUGGGUAGUUGAACGGAUUUCCUGUUUACACAUCGAAAUGUCACGCUACUGUGUACUUGGAGGAAGUUCGUACAUCCCCUUGCCACCGGAGUUGAAGUCGAAGAAGGCCAUUGUUAACGUGCAGAACACUGACAACAAGUGUUUACUGUAAGUAUAGCAGUGGGGUUUCAGUGUGGUGAUACGGUGUAUGGAUUGAACUGUAUGCCGCCUGUCCAUGUCUUAUGUCAUCCGUACUUUAGAUGGUCAAUACUGGCUGCUAAAUUUUCGGCAGACAAGUCUCAUCCAUGUCGUCAAUCGUCGUACGCAGAACAUGCGGAUACUGUGGAUGUGAGCGGCAUCGAGUUUCCAGCAAAACUGGAAGACAUACCAGUCAUCGAAAGACUGAACGACGGUCUUUACAUCAACGUCUUCGGAUAUGAAGAGAAAGUCAUAUAUCCGUUAAGAAUUUCUCAGCAUCCGCAGACCGCCAUCAAUGUAUUGCUCAUCCAAGACGAACGCAAUGACGUGGAGGUGCAGCACUGGGUGUGGAUAAAAUCAUUCAGUCGUCUUGUUGCUACUGGAGCACGUCGAGCACAUUUCGUCUGCUUCAGAUGUCUCUCAACACACGUCACGGAGAAGGCAUUGAAUAAUCAUAUGAUGUACUGCAGUGAACAUCCUGAAGCCACGGUGAAGAUGCCAAAGGCUGGCGAUAGAGUGAUGUUCAGGAAUGUGAACAAGCAGCUUCAAGCCCCAUUUGUGAUCUAUGCCGAUUGUGAGGCCUUCAUAGAACCUCUGUCCGCUGUCAAGAAAAUCGGUCAUUCGACAUUCCAAAAGAACAAGCAUGUAGCCUGUUCCUGUUCGUACAUUGUAGUACGAUCUGAUGGCGUCGUCACGAACCGUUUCUUCUACCGUGGAGAAGAUUCUAUGUUCUGUUUUCUGCUGUCACUUGAGCAAGAGGAGGAGACUAUCCGUGAUGAGCUUCUAGCAUGUAAUGCUGGUCAAAUGAUCAUUUCAGAAAGUCAGCAACGUGAAUUUGAAACGGUAGUCUCCUGUUGGAUCUGUGGUGAAGCGUUGGGUAGCGAUCGUGUACGUGACCACUGUCACAUCACCGGUGCUUACCGUGGUGCAGCACACAACCAUUGUAACCUGAACAUGCGGAUUGAGCCGUUCAAGAUCAAGAUUCCUGUGAUCUUUCAUAACUUGAAGGGAUACGAUUCUCAUCACAUCAUAUCUGCCAUUGGGAGAACAUCCACUGAUGAGAUUACGUAUGUGAACGAGAAAGGACAAGAACGGACCAAGCGUCUCGGUGCUAUCAAAGUGAUUCCCAUCAACAGUGAAAAAUAUGUCACAUUCGGAUGGAGACAGUUCCAGUUCAUCGACAGCCUGGCAUUCUUGAACACCUCCCUAGACCGGUUGGUUUCGGCUACACCACCAGAUGCAUUCGCCCUUCUAUCCGCACGAUUUCCAGACGAGGAUGAACGCAAACUGUUGACACGAAAGGGUGUCUACCCGUAUGAAUAUAUGGGGUCGUACGACCAAUUCGAAGAAACGCGUCUACCACCCAAGGAUGCAUUCCACUCAACGCUAACGAACACGGGUAUCAGUGAUGAAGACUAUGCCUAUGCGCAAACAGUAUGGACUGCGUUUGACUGUGAAGAUCUAGGAGACUAUCACGACCUCUACCUGGAGACUGAUGUGCUGCUGUUGGCUGACGUUUUCGAAAACUUCAGAAGAACUGCUCACGCAACCUAUGGAUUGGAUCCCGCUAAUUACCUCACCUUACCGGGAUUUGCCUGGGAUUCGCUGCUGAAAAUGACGAAGGUGUCCCUUCAUCUCAUUUCCGACAUUGACAUGUUCAACUUCAUUGAGCAUGGCAAAAGAGGUGGCAUAAGCAUGGUGUCCGCUAGACACGCCACCGCCAACAACAGAUAUCUAUCGGAGUACAAUCCAGACGAGCCGUCAAGCUUCAUCCAAUAUUUAGAUGCGAACAAUCUAUAUGGAUGGGCCAUGUCUCAACCCUUGCCCGUGUCGGACUUCUGCUUUGAAGCAGUGACGGAUGAUCUUCUGGAGACGGUACUCGAUCAUCCAAUGGACUCUUCGACGGGAUACAUGGUGGAGUGCGAUUUAAGGAUUCCAGAUGGUGUGCAUGACAUGAUGAAUGAUUAUCCGUUGGCUCCUGAGAAGAUGAAGGUGACACGAGAUAUGCUUUCUCCAUAUCAGACCCACAUGGCAGAGAAACUAAUGGUGACCGGUUUGGAAGCGAAGAAACUGGUACCAAAUCUACUACCGAAAGAGCACUAUGUUCUGCACUACAGAAACUUGCAGCAGUAUGUGUCCUUGGGUGUGGAGAUUACAGAUGUGCAUCGUGUGCUCUCCUUCACACAACACCCAUGGAUGAAGCCAUACAUCGACACUAAUACUGACCUGAGAAAGCUAUCAACUUCUGAUUUCGAGAAAGACUUCUAUAAGUUGAUGAACAAUGCUGUAUAUGGCAAGACCAUGGAAAACGUUCGAAACAGAGUAAACAUCAAGCUCAUUCGUGAACAGGAUGAAAAACCACGUCUCCAGAAAAGCAUCAACAAACCUUCGUACAUCCGCAGUGUAGCCUUUGAGAACGAUCUGAUAGCAAUCGAGUUUGCCAAGACAAAGGUGACUCUCAAUAAACCCAUUUAUGUGGGUACAGCCAUCCUCGAUCUGUCGAAGCACUUGAUGUAUUCCUUUUACUAUGAAGUUCUCCUACCCCGCUAUGGACAAAAUGUACGUUUGCUCUACACUGAUACUGAUAGUCUGAUCGUACAUAUUCAAACGGAUGAUCUGUACACCGAUAUGUCAAACAACAUAACAGCCUAUGACACAUCCAACUAUUCACCAUCCCACCACCUGUACAGCACGGUCAACAAGAAGGUGGUAGGGAAGUUCAAGGACGAACUAGGUGGCAAACCCAUCAAGGAGUUCAUUGGUUUGCGGAGCAAGAUGUACGCAUACCGCUGUGAAGACAACGACGACAAUGGCAAGCGUGCCAAAGGUGUGCAGAGAAGCGUGUUGAAAAACACCAUAACCGUCGAUGAUUAUCGAACAUGUCUCGUCGAGGAGUCUCAGCUGAAGAGAACAAUGAAUGUUCUUCGAAGUCGACGACAUUGCAUUCACGGAGAGGAGCUACACAAGAUUGCCCUCUGUGGAUUCGACAGUAAGCGUUACAUUCUGGAGGAUGGUAUCAACACCCUGGCAUUCGGACACAAGGAUAUUCCAAAGCACUGAGGGAUUUCCACACAUACUAGAGCAUAUGUCAUAUCUUCUCAUGAAAUACAUUGUAAAUACUAUGCGAUUCAUAAUAUUCACGUUAAUCCAAAGCAUGAGCUACAUUGUACAUAUGAAAUGCUAAUACUUUUUGAGAUCAUUCACAUCCUUCUUUGUUAACCAGGUAUGGAAUUUUUCGUCUUGAUAA